AUGAUUGGAGGUGGUGGUGGUGAUGAGCGUGGAGUUGGUGGUUGUGGUAGUGGUGGUGAUGGGGAUGGCGGUUAUGGAGGUGGUGGUGGCCGCAAUGGCAACAUGGACGUGGUGGUGUUGUUGGUUGUGGAGGUGAUGGUGGAUGUGGACGUUUUGGAGGAGGUGGUGGUUGUGGUGGUAGUGGUGGUGGUGGAGGUGGAGGUGGUGGAGGAGGUGGUGGUUGUGGUGGUGGUGGUGGUGGUUGUGGAGGUAGUGAAUGUAGUAGUGCAAGUGGUGGAGUUAGAUGUGGAAGUGGAGGUGGUGUCCUUUUUUUAA